AUGCCUUCUGAAAGCUGUUCAGAGACUAAAGCCCAAGAUGGCCAAGAUGAUUACAAGGGCGGGCCUACUGUUGAGGCUCAUACGACAGAUCUAGAGUCGGACAAAGGGAUAGAUGAGGUGCGAAAGCCCAGGGAGACAACCGAAUUACCCCCCGUGGAAGCAUUUAAAUGGAAUGUCGAUGGGGAUCAAUCACCGUCUGUUCGAGCAUGGAUCCUCAUGACAAUUUUUGUUGUCUUAUUUUCGGGUGUUAACCAGUUCUUCGGCCUGCGAUACUGUGUCAAUAUCAGCGCUUCUACACCUUAUGCGCAAGGGUCUAAGAAGGCCUUUCUCAAGUCUGGUACACCAAUACUCACAUUUUUCAGCUUCGGCCUGGCCGGCCUUGCUCGCCGGUGGAUCGUCUAUCCAGCCGCUCUCAUUUGGCCCACAUCUCUUUCCUCCACCGUUCUCUUUCGCGCUCUUCACGAGCGUGAAGACCGUUCUCCUGCAAAUGGAUGGACAAUUACUCGAUACCGCUUCUUCGCUUAUUUUUCAAUUUUCGGUUUUGUGCUGUUCUGGUUUCCCGAUUAUAUUUGGACCAGUCUCAGUAGUUUUGCGUUUAUCACAUGGAUUGUGCCUCACAACCAGGUGGUCAACACAUUGUUCGGAAUGAACUCGGGCUUAGGGCUUCUGCCCAUUAGUCUCGACUGGACCGAGAUAAACUACGCCGGCUUUCCACUGACCACCCCUUUCUACAUCACCUGUAAUGCCUUCGCAACGAUUGUAUUAUUCUAUUUCUUCCUUUCCCCGAUCCUGUACUACACCAAUGUCUGGAAUAGUGCUUACAAAUAUCAAGCCUACUCUCCGAUGUACAUCUCAGUGGGGUACGCACUUACUUACGGCCUGGGCUUUGCCGCAGUGACAGCCGUGAUUGUGCACACCUAUCUCUACAACGGUCGCGAAAUCUGGGCCAAAUUCAAAAACGCCCGUGCUGGUGGCGAGGACAUCCAUCGUCGACUAAUGCAUGCCUACAAUGACGUCCCGGACUGGUGGUACGGAAUAUUGACCGUUAUUGUGCUUGGAUUAGGUGUUCUCACCGUGCGAUACUGGGACACCGAGUUGCCCGUCUGGGGAUUCCUCGUCAUCUGCUUUGGCAUGGGCCUCGUUCUGAUCCUGCCAGAAGGGAUUUUACAAGGAACAACUAACCAACGUGUCUUCCUGAAUAUUAUCACGGAGCUUAUUGCGGGGUAUGCAUAUCCUGGCAGCGCGAUCGCCAACACUAUGGUCAAGUGUUAUGGGUAUAACUCAAUUAAGCACGCCAUGGACUUUGCCCAAGAUCUCAAGAUGGGACAGUAUAUGAAAAUCCCGCCUCGUGCGCUCUUCGCCGGUCAAGUAUAUGCAUCCAUUAUCGCGACUAUGACUCAAACUGGAGUUUUACGCUGGAUGCUCGGCCAUAUAUCCCGGCUCUGUGACCCCAAGAAUCCCAAUCGUUUUACCUGCAACGGCUCCAAGGUGAUGUACAAUGCAUCCAUUAUUUGGGGAACAAUCGGUCCCCAAAGAAUGUUCCAACAAGGACAAGUCUACAACGGCCUCAUGUACUUUUUCAUAAUCGGGCCGGUUGUCACCGUCAUCGUUUAUUUGCUUUACCGGCGAUAUCCCAAUAGCUGGCUGAAGUACGUGAACGUACCAAUCUUCUUUAAUGCCGCCGGCAAUAUCCCACCUGCUACUACGACGCAAUAUUCCCUCUGGUUCAUCGUCGGAUUCAUAUUCAAUUUCUGGAUCCGCCGGCGCGCCUUCCAGUGGUGGAAGCGAUACAAUUACCUCCUCCAAGCUGCGAUGGAUACAGGCACUGCCCUGGCUACCAUCCUCAUUUUCUUCGCACUUAGCUACACCGGUACCAAGCUUAGCUGGUGGGGCAAUAAUGUCGGAUCUAAUACUUAUGAUUCGCAGUCUGUUCCCUAUCUAAAGGUCUCUGAUGGAGGUCAUUUCGGCCCGGGGCCUGGGGAGUUUAAGUAGGGGAGGUUCUACUAGUAGUCUCUGGGCUCUGAAAGAUGAACCUGUUGGUUGUCAGGUUAGCGGCCAUAUAUAAUCUGACGUUAUAGUAUUAAUACGAGAAUACGUUUGAGAUAA